AUGUCAUACUACUUUACAAUCCUCUCCCCUACCGACGUCCCCCUCUUCAGCCUUGCCUUUGGCACCUCCAAGGCGGGCGGAGAUGGCGUUGCCCGAUUCCGAUUCCCGGAUAAUGCCCCGUACAUGAACCAAUUCAUAGUCCACGCCAGUCUAGACAUUGUCGAGGAGCUCCAAUGGUCCAAUGGGGCGAUGUACCUGAAACACAUCGACACAUACCCUCCAACCUCCGCCUACGUCUCCGCCUUCCUGACCGGCUCAGGCACCCGCUUCCUCCUCCUCCACCAGCCGCCGCAACCCCCCUCAUCCUCCUCAGCAGGGGUAUCGCCCAUAUCGACCGCACUCUCAGCCUCCGCAGCCUCUACAACGACGUCACGCGCCUCCUCCUCGUCCAUAGCCAAUAAUCCCACGUCGCCGCAGACGGAGGAGGCCAUCCGGCAGUUUAUGAAUGAGGUGUAUGAGAACUGGGUAAAGACAGUGAUGAGCCCGUUCUAUCGGCAGGGGAUGGAGAUUACGAGUCCAGUGUUUAGGGGGAGGGUGGUGGCGGCGGGGAGGAAGUGGUUGUGA